AUGACGAAUUGGCGAGGAAUAACAGUUUUGAAAGAUCCUUUAAGUCUGACGAUAAACCAGCAGUUGCUGUGGGAACUAAAGCCUCAAACUGUGAUUGAGUUUGGUGCCUACAAGGGUGGCUCGGCUUUGUGGACAGCUGACAUGUUAAAGAUAUUUGAGUGCCAGUCACGUGUCAUUUCAGUUGAUAUCGAUUUGUCUUUAUUGGAUGCUACUGCCAGAAGUUCCCCUCAUUUGGAGUUUAUUCAGGGAGAUUUGUUUCAAGUUGAAGAAUGCUUGCCUGAGGAACUUUUAAAGGUACUAUUAUUAGUAAAACGCCAUUUGUGGAGGUUAUAUUCAAAGUGCUAUACUCAAGGAAUACCAAAUCCUUAUUACCGUUGUUUUUAACUUGCUAAGGUAUCAAGGUGCAUUAACAUUACCAAAUAGAGGGUAGUUUUCUAUGUAUAAUAAGAAAAUCGUACGCGCUUUAGGAGUGUAUUAUCUGCUUUGCAUUCACGGAAAUUUUAUGUGUUUCAAUUUUCUUUUUUGCCUCCUGCACCAACUAACUGCUUUCAUCUUACCUCUUACAGUUCGAUAGAUUCUUUUCGUUCGUCGUUAAAACAGUUUGAACUCACUUUUCUUACAAGCCUCUGUUCAUGGUUUGAAGCCGGGAGAAUUUAGUUUGGCAUGUUUGGUCAGCAUCCUCGGAGACCCAGGGGCAGUCAGUCGGGUCGGGAGAAAAGGCGGGACGAAAGUUUUCAACUCCGGACGAAAGAGGCCUUGGGUACGGACUCUCAUCGAAAUAUUUCCAAAAAUUCGAGCGCAUACCUGCUCCUGAUUGGGCACAAAAAAUGCUUUGUAUUAUUGUACCCAAUUCGCGAACAGUUUCUCCUGCGUUUUUUUCGUGAGUUCGUACACGACGGCUAUCGUCUUGCCACACUUGCUCGUUUCGUUCACCAAGCUUGUGCGUGCAAGGGAAACUUUUAUUUUCUACUUUCCUAACCAGAAAGAAAGGAACUACCGAUGAGUCGAAAAAACGUUUGGGAUGCCAUCAGCAGGAGCACAGGAGCAAUUCAAUUUGAGAAUAUUCUGUUUUUGACUCAUCACAACCAACGUAAAUAAUUGGAAGUUUAAGAUGUGGCGGCGACGAGAAAGUUAAAUUAGCAAUAGCUUGACAAGGCAAAAAAAAAACUUUGCACGUGCAUCGCGCUUUUUUGUACAUUUCUUUGCCGUCAACUGCACGACUACCCGUGAAAAUGCCUAAUCAGUCAUGUUUUGUGACGGACGUUAACAAGCAAUGACAAAAUUCGUUCUCUUCAUGAACUUGGAUAUGGCUGAUAGAAAUUCAGCUCCAGAAGAGUUCGCUUGCAUUUGGCAAAGUAAGCGAGUUGGAAUAAUCACGAUAGUAAUUGAAAAAAUGUGAAUUCCCUUUUCCAUGCGACGUUUUCGUGGUUGUCAGUCGUCGUGGUAUCUUUUAAAAACCCCCUAAUAUUUACGCAAGACAUGACAGAUGCAGGCGUGGAUACCUGUUGUAAGCUCAAGCCUGCAUUUUUGGAAAAACGUCUUUACUUUUCGGGUAGACAGUAUUUUGAAAUCAGGUGGGGAUUUUAUACCAAACUGAAAGUUUCCUGACUGCGUGUAUUUCUUUGGUGCAUGAGCCAGACAAGCCGUGAUCGAGACAAUAGCCGUCGUGUAUGAACUCACGAAAAGAACUCAGGAGAAACUGUUCGCCGAUUGGGCACAAUAAUACAAAGCAUUUUUUGUGCCUAAUCAGGAGCCGGCAUCCGCUUGAGUUUUUGGAAACAGCUCGGUGAGAGUCGGUACCCAGGGGCUCUUUCGCCCGUUCUUGAAAACUUUCGUCCCGCCUUUUCUCCCGACCCGACUGACUGCCCCUGGGUCUCCGAGGAUGGUUUGGUCAGUUUCUUUGUAAAAGUUUCUAUUUCUGACCGUUUGUAACCGACGAUCGGUUAUCUCAAUUGGUUUUGCGCCGGUCUGCAGAGCGGGAGGCCGCUGGUUCAAAACCGGCCCGACUGAUACUCAGGGUCUUUAAAUAGAUGAGGAUCCGGAGAAACUACUGCUUUUGUCUAGACAAUUCCAAACGGUUACGGUUGAUUUCCAGUGUUACUUAAUUUUUACGUGCGUACGUACGUAAAAUGUACGUUCACAAAUAGAGGCAAUGCAUGAAAGGUCGCUCGUAAGCGUAAACGUUGAACCUCGCUCAACUUCUCGUUUAAGCUCAGCACUUUUUUAUCUUGCCUCUGUUUUAUUUACGUGAUUAAAAUUUACGCGCGUUAACGUGCGUAGCUAUAAAGGCGUCGGUGGAAAUCAACCUUUAGUCUUUCUAGUCUUUUCGGAUAAGGACGAUAAACCGUAGGCCCUAUCUCACAACCCUUGCAAGGGGACGUAUUUCCGGGAGUGGUGUUCUAUCUCUCAUGGGGGAGGCGGGGACUGUUACGGGCCCGCAGCAAUUGGCGCCACGCACUGUACUACCGUGUGAGUAUUAGUUCAGCUUUUGGUUCCAAACUAAGGGAGUAACAGUAUCUUGCGCUGAGUUUUAUUGUUUUGUAGCUCGUGUUGUAUUAAUGGACACAGUGUUAAAGUUUGGUCCGUCUUUUCUUACUUUGAUGUCUGUGAACGUGUUCUGGAUAGGAGUAGGUCCUCAGCUGCCACUGUUUGUAGUGAUGCUUAGACAACAGCACUAUUAAAACUCCACCACGUCUGGCGUCACUUUCGUAUAACCUUGUUUUGGGCCUUGUUCCCGGGGGAGUGUGGCUACUUAAAAGAGGUUCGACAGUUAUUAGUAACUUUCGUUCAAGCGGAUGUAAGCUCGUUUUUUUGAAAACAUAUAAAAGACUAAUGAAGGCUAAUCUUAACUUGCAAAGCGAUCAGCAAGGGUCUUGCCAGCGGAAUUGUGUACUGAUCAUGCGCUUUACGUCAAAAACCAUAGAAAGCACUGGGGUCGAGAAUGAGAUCAACGGUUUUGAGAAUGAGCAAAAACAUGGCGGCCCAAGGCGGGACUGUUUCUCAUUAUUAUAUUUUGGUAAUUCGCAAAUUUAUUGAUUUUAUGUCACUUUUCAGACAUAGUGUGUGGUUUUCGUUUUCUGUUAAACAAUUUCCCUCUGCAGAGUUUGGAAUAUACAACAUAUAGCUGCGCAUAGCUGAUCGCUGAUAAUAACCACCGAAGAGCUGAGCUAUCGAGCAGUGUUUCAGGGGCACCCAACGUCAAUUUUCGGAAAAUAUCUGUUCGGAAGACGAUUGGAGAUCUAGAAUUUUCGGAACAUUUAUUGUAAAAUUCCUUGCUUGCCUGCCUCUCCUAGGAUUUUCGAACAUCUAAAAAAUGGUAUAAUUGCCCAUUUGUAAUGGAUUUUUAGCCCAAAAAGGUGACCUAGAAUUUUCGGGAGCCUUUUUCUGGCUGAAAUUUUCGAAAAGGUAAGUUUUGAUCCCUAUAAUUUUCGGAUCACUAGACUUUCAGCUAGGGAAUCCGAACAGAUGAAAAAUUUUUAGGGGAUAAAAAUAUGCCUAUAUCUACAGUUUAAAUACUAAGAUACGUUCAACAAUGCUAUGUUUAAGUGGUUUUGAACUAUAUUCUCGUUGGGUGCCCCUGGUGUUUUGCUGCAAACCUUAGCAAAGUUAAGGUCACUUCAAGGUACAGAGCUUUCAGUAGUAGUUGGGAUAUGUUUGUUAGGAUCGUUCUGAAUUUCAACUUUGAAUUCAAGGUGUCGACUGAUCGUAAUAAACGAAGUGAAAUGUUAUGAAGUGUGAAUGUUCAUGCAGGUAUGAUAGCUCAUAUUUAUAAGGUUCUCUCGAAUAUACUUACUUCCGAUAAAUUUGACACUUUCUCCAGUAAUUUUUAUCAGCAUCAUAACUUCUAUAAUCUUCUGAUGUCCUCGCCCGACAAAAACGAUGUAACCUAUAGAUCGAUCGAGCGCGUUGUUGUUGGUUAAGAUCUAAAACGGCUACGUGCGUUUUAGUUUCCCCCGCAAUUUCAGUAGCAAAAGACAAAUAUGAUAUGCAAGAAAAACAAAGAUGCAUGAUAUUACUGUUUUUAUUUUUUGAACCAUUUCCUCUGCCGGUUCGCUUCUCUCUUCUAUCAAAAUAUUUACUGUGGGAAAAAAAACUGCCAUUAUCCGCUGAUCUCCACGCAGGCUGACCUCUUUACAAGUUGUGAGAACAUCGUUUCUCGGUCCCAGGCCUCGUCUCUUCUCCAAGUUCCCCCCCCCCCAACGCUGCCCCCCCCUGCUUAUCACCCUUCUAGCAAGUCCCAAAUUCAUUACUCGUCUCGUUCUGGUGCCGCGCAUCUAAUCAACAAAAUGACCCAAUUGUACAUUUAUAGAAAUUUUAUAAUUAGCAAUCACUGGAGGCGGUAAAGUAUGAUCUAAAGAAUUAGGGAGAUUGAGGAGUUUUAUCCGCCGAUUAGGCCGAGAUCUCCAUAGUUCUUCAGAUCAUACCAAAGUCGAAUCCAAUAAUUGUUUUUUAUUCAUUCACAAAAAUUCACAGUUUAAAAACAAGGCUAACCUGAGAUCAGGCCCAAUUUUGGCGGUUCUCAUACAUUCUCUCUAACGGCUACCAACGAAAAUUGAUCCUGAUCUCAGGUUAAAACAAGGCAUGCUUACCUCGAUCGAUGUUAAGUUUCCAUCUUCUUUUGCCUGUUUCUCGGUAAGGCCAGGAGAUUAAGGGAUGGUUAGUUCUGCAGAUAUUCUCCAAAUAGUGAAUGUCGUCCUUGGAAUUGUAUUCUUGUUGUUCUUGCUAUGUAUUUAGGCAGUAAUUAGGCUGUUUCUUCUUUGUAAAACGUGUGAAAUUUCCCACCAUUUUGUAAUGCUCUACCACAACAACGCAACCUCACUCCCCAGCGCUUUUUGGUUGCUGUCCAUUUUUCUGGCAUUUAUGCUGUACUCCUGACGUCAUUUUUCACAUAUCGCAAACGUCUUUCAAAUUUGGUCAACGCUAGCUGGUUGUGAAGAAUAAGCCGUGGGGUUUGAGCCAAUCAGAAACAGAGAAAUUUAUGAAUGAAUAGUAAUGUAUCCUAACCAGAAAUCAAGUUCCAUAAGUAAACAAAAUAUACAUGUUUUAGGGAGUGCGUAUUACUUUUAGAUUUUCUUCUGUCCAGUUAUGAAACUUGCUUUCCCUAUAGGACGCCAGUAUAACCAUCCAAACUUCAGACACCUUAUUAUGGUUUCCUUCACAGAAUCUAAGUCAUCCGUGGCUUCUAGUAGAAGACGCGCACGUAAAUAUGAUUGGCGUAUUGGAGUACUUGGACAAAUUCUUGCAACCUGGGGACUACAUUUGCGUCGAAGAUACGAAUCCACAAAUUCCCAUGAAGGUUGGACAAGGACUUGUAAAAGAACUCGGCUAUGGGCUCUUUGGUCCCACCAAGAUGAACACCCUCAGGAACUUCUUGAUGGAUCACCCGGGCAAAUACUUGGUGGAUACAAGAUACACCGACAUGUUUGGGUAA